GCAUCUAAGCUGGACACAUGUGGCGCUUCGCAGCAACGCACAUGAAACUGUACUGAUAUUGAACCCAACCGGAAGCGGAGCUUUGACUCUUUCUUUUUCCCAUGCUCUGUCCUUGCGUCUUUUCUUUGAUCCACGUAUGUCUUUAUUCAGAGGAAAGUGGACAUUUUUUACUUUUCAUUUCCUCGGAGCACACAGCCCGUCGCCAGCUUGAUUUGAAAUAAACCAAGGUUUAAAAUGAACGAAGGACUUGACAACAACUUGACUCAACUCUAUGACAACUGGACAUUUUACAACUCCUCCCUGGAGCCCAUCAUACCCAGGAACAACAUCACCUAUGUUGGAUUUUACCUUCAUCAGCCGUCCACAGCAGCCAUCUUCAUCGUGUCCUACCUGCUGAUCUUCCUCGUGUGCAUGGUGGGAAAUGGCGUGGUGUGUUUCAUUGUCCUGAGGAGCAAAAACAUGAGGACAGUCACCAACUUGUUUAUCUUAAACCUUGCUGUCAGUGACCUCCUGGUUGGGAUUUUCUGUAUGCCCACAACACUUCUUGACAACAUAAUAACAGGAUGGCCUUUUGGAAGCCUGGUCUGCAAAAUGAGCGGCAUGGUUCAAGGGAUCUCCGUGUCAGCAUCUGUCUUCACUCUGGUUGCUAUUGCUGUUGACAGAUUCAGAUGCAUUGUCUACCCAUUCAAGCAAAAGCUGACCAUAUCCACAGCCACCUUGAUAAUAGUCAUUAUCUGGGUUCUGGCCAUAUCCAUUAUGUGUCCAUCUGGGGUGAUGCUACAAGUCACCAAGGAGCAAACCAUUCGGGUGUUACUGGGGUAUGACAACAAAACGACCCCGUUUUACUGGUGCAGAGAGAACUGGCCGAACCAGGAUAUGAGGAAGAUUUACACCACUGUCCUGUUUGCAAAUAUCUACCUUGCUCCUCUUUCCCUCAUCGUGAUCAUGUACGCCCGGAUUGGCAUUACGCUUUUCAAAACAGCGGUCCCAACGGGAGGAAAGCCGGGGCACGACAACCGCCACACUGUGUCAAAGAAAAAGCAAAGGGUGAUUAAAAUGCUUCUAAUAGUUGCUUUGCUUUUCAUCCUCUCCUGGCUACCUCUGUGGACCCUCAUGAUGUUGAGCGACUAUGCCAGCCUGACUGAGCAGCAGUACAGGAUCAUCAACAUUUACAUUUAUCCCUUUGCCCACUGGCUAGCCUUCUUCAACAGCAGUGUCAACCCUAUCAUCUACGGUUUCUUCAAUGAGAAUUUCCGCAGAGGAUUUCAAGCUGUGUUUAAGAUCAGCCUGUGCACUGCGGACGGACAGCGGAGGAAAACCUACUCGCACAGGCUUCAGGGAAACUCCGUGCUGCCAGCUAAUAAUGCACCAACGUCCCUGGAGCCUAUUUCUCUCAACAGCCUGGAUAAGACCUCUUCCAGGCGACCCAAUCACGUCACUGAACAGGACUUGGUCAUGGAGGACCUGGAGAAGGCAUCAUGCAGCAGUGGUGGUGUGACCGCAGUGUCUAUUUGAGGAGACACAGAUAUAUUCUUCUUGGUGAUAAGCAAAGGUGUUCACUUACCAAGAAAAAAUGUUUUUAUCUUUUUAACAUCGUUCCUCCACUGACUGUACAUGUGUAAUUUGUCUGAGGCAAUUUCAAAACUGUCAAAAUAAAAUAGGCAAAACAAAAGUACAAAAUUGGAUAAGAUUACACGUAAAGCUGUAAUUUAUCGUUUUGAGUGACCUGCGAACAAUAGAAACAAUCAACGCAGAAGGAUACCUCACAGUGUUUGCUCCUGAAAUAAAUACAUAUCCAAAACUAAUGUUUAAAUUGCCAACUUGGAAAGAAAAUACUGGUUGUCAACCUUUUCUUAUCACCUUUAAGCCACACAAUGUAUGUUGCACAUAUUGUGCCGCAUUAAAAAUGGCAGCAGGAUGUGCUGUUGAAAUUAUCAACAAAGGGAAAACAAUUUCGUUGGACUGCAUAACUUGCAUUGAUAACAGGCUACUGUCCUGCUCCAUGACGUACCUUAUAAAACCUGUAUGUAUAAAUGUAUAGAGAUGCAUCAAACAUGUAUGUACAGUGAUGUCUGCAGAGCAGAUUUCAAAAGGGCUCCAACAACAAAUCAAAGACUUUAGCAUGGCAACACAAGUUGAAGUAACACUUUUUCAAGUAUCACAAUGGCCUUUUACACAACCACAUUUUUAUUUCAGAGAACAAAAUUCUUCAGAGGGAUGCUGAACUUGAUCAAGGCUUUUAUUUUGUUAGGAUGAUUUUCACAGCAGCAUUUCUGACGGACUGCAGAGAAUAAGCCCACCUACCUCUAAACUGUAGCCAUACUGUACUUUUUAAACGUAAUAACAACAAUGAACCCUUAGCAACGUAACUCAGUCUUAAGUAAGUCAGGAUUACAAAUUAUUUUACAGCUUUUCAGGCUACUUACACUGCUGUAAUGUACAUUUCCUACUGAAUAGUUGAUUCUUGUGAGGAAAAUGUGAGGCAAUGUACCAGGCUUCUGUAGGGCUGCCCUCCAAUAGUCACCCAAAUGUUAGUCGACCAGAAAGGUCAUUAGUCGGGAAGAUUUCAUUGGUCACUUAGUCACAGAAAAAAAAAAAAAAGAAAAAAAGUGAAACUCUGUAAGGAGCUGUGCCUUGUCAAAAUAAAUCAAAACCUAUAUGACUGGACCAUGUGGGAAUUUAAUUUGAAAGGACAGACACAGGAAGUGGCCACGCACAGCAGUCAGACAGGAGUCAUGUUACAAACCAAUCACAGCCGACAGAUAUCUUUCCCUUCUGUAAAUAUUCAGUCUGAUAAAUACAGAAAAGUUGAUCAUUGAUCAUACAUCUGUCCCAUGGACGAUGGUCGACACACUUAUAAACAGGGCCUGGCAGAAGAUCAGCUCUGCACUCAGGAUUUCAGGUAAACAGGCUAUACAAUGCUUGUUAAACCUUGAACGCAACCUGCCACUAUGCUCUUGAAAGCUGGCACAAAAAAGGCACAAGAGCAGCACCCAGCGCCUGACCUUGCGUUUUCCAGGCGGUUAAAGACGCAGCAUGUGUACGGCCCCUCAUUUCCAGGGCUGGUACCUGCAUUUAUUCCACAGGCUAGUUAAUAACAUGUCGGGCAGGAAAUCCAAAGUGUGGGAUCAUUUUGAGAAGGUGAAGGACGAACCCAAGGUGAUAUGUAAACUCAUCUUCAUUGGUCGACUACAAACAUGACGUAUCAUCUGAAACAUGGAAGUAGCUACAUGCCCAUUAGCCCACAGCGUCAUUAACAGGCGGCUCGCUCAGUGUGUGACGUGCACUUGUAGAUAAAAUAUAGGCCUACAUUAAUGAAGGUUCAUUAGUACGGUUUUGUAUUUCUCUGUAAUGUAAUACAGUGUUAACAAUGUUACUGAUACUAUUCUUUCUCACACCUUCAACUCAAACCUCCAAAAUAUAUCAUUUAAUCAUUAAAAUAAUAUUUUAAGCAUGCA